UUUGAACAUUAAAUAUCUUGUCUUUGUAGUGUAUUCAAUUAAAAAUAGGUUGAACAAUAUUUUCACAUAAUUGUAUUCUGUUUUUAUUUAUGUUUAACACAACGUCCCAACUUGAUUGGAAUUUGGGUUGUUCAUCACCUUUAAAGACCUAACGUUAGGAGGUGGCCAUUGUCACCGUGCAUGCAGCACUUAAUCCAAAUGAAGAACAUCUGAGUUCGUCUGAUAAUAAUCUAGGUACAAGUAGCUAUUGAAACUCGAUGAACAAUGAGUCUCAGGUUUUACGAGGUAAAUUAUGCCAGUGGUUCGGUGCUGUAUCAUUAGAAUGGCUAACUGAUUAUAUUUAACAAUGCUUUUGCAGCCUCCUUGUGCUGUGCUUUUGGCUUCAGGUUGGUCAUAUGAAAUGGGGGGGACAAAGAGGUAAUAUCUGCUGCUAACUCAACUUUAAUGAGUGGAGAAAUACUUGAGUUUUUACCUUUGUUGUGUGAUUUUGUAGGUGAUGUGCGUCACAUUCCCGCAGGACAGGCUCACGUGGGCCUCUGCUGUGACCAUAAAGAAUGGUCUCAACCUUCUGGUAUUAAUGGCCUGACAACUGGUGACGUGAUUCCAACUUUGGCGAGAUAUCAAAGUGACACCACUGAUUCUGGAUCAAAAUCUAACAAUCUUUACCCAAACAGUCGUGGCUUGCAAUCCAGAAAUUUUCCAAAAAGCAAAAAUACUAUCAAUUUGGCGGCCUCAGCAGAUGCAGUUCAAAACCAUCCUGAGCACAAACAAGUCCCUUUUCCUGAUGGAAAUUCAACACAAGCAAGUUCUGAUUUGAGAAUGUUCUCAGCAGAGUUUGCAGUCAGUGUCACAUCUGGACCGUUUUUUUCAUAUUCAAAAGGAAAACGCUCUAUCAGGUGUGUAGUCUCAAAGUAAAUCACAUCAUAAUAUUGGGUCGCAACUGGUUUUUGACCAACUGAAACUGUCAAAACCAAUUGGCAGCAAGGUGGGCUCUGUAAUUAAGGGACAUUCCCCAAGUAGAGAAACUGCUCAGUGGCAUCCCAGUGAUUGGAUUGGAGGAAGGAAAGGAUACGCUCAGGUCUGGCACAUCAGGCCGGGCUUGAACAGAGCACAACCACGUGGACUCUACUGGCAAAGAAACAUGUUUUGCAUACAAAAAGCAGAAUCUGUGAUACUACGAGACAUCAAGCAAAAAAUGGCCACAAGUUAAAUAUUUCUCCAGAGGAAGCCGGUAUCAUUGCUUAGUCCGUCCGUGCAUUGAACUCUGAUGUAAAUCAGUGACGUGUGGUCAGGGUAGGCAAGUGAGGCAGAGCCCCCUGGUGGUCUUUCCUUUCCACUGCAUGUGAAUAGGAAAAAAAAAACGUAUGAUUAUGACCCCAAUUCCAAUGAAGUUGGGACAUUGUGUUAAACAUAAAUAAAAACAGAAUACAAUGAUUUGUAAAUCAUGUUCAACCUAUAUUUAAUUGAAUACACUACAAAGACAAGAUAUUUAAUGUUCAAACUGAUAAACUUUAUUGUUUUUAACAAAUAAUCAUUAACUUAGAAUUUUAUGGCUGCAACACGCUCCAAAAAAGCUGGGACAGGUGGCAAAAAAGAUUGAGAAAGUUGAGGAAUGCUCAUCAAACACCUGUUUGGAAUAUCCCACAGGUGUACAGGCUAAUUGGGAACAGGUGGGUCCCAUGAUUGGGUAUAAAAGGACCUUCCCUGAAUUCAUUUACAUCAAAGAUAGGGCGAGGUUCAUCUCUUUGUGAACAAGUGCGUGAGAAAAUAGUCGAACAGUUUAAGGACAAUGUUCCUCAAUGUACAAUUGCAAGGAAUUCAGGGAUUUCAUCAUCUACGGUCCAUAAUAUCAUCAAAAGGUUCAGAGAAUCUGGAGAAAUCACUAUGUAAGCGGCAAGGCCGAAAACCAACAUUGAAUGCCCGUGACCUACGACCCCUCAGGCGCCACUGCAUCAAAAACCGACAUCGAUGUGUAAAGGAUAUCACCACAUGGGCUCAGGAACACUCCAGAAAACCAAUGUCAGUAAAUAACAGUUCGGUGCUACAUCCGUAAGUGCAACUUGAAACUCUACUAUGCAAAGCAAAAGCCAUUUAUCAACAACACCCAGAAAUGCCGCCGGCUUCUCUGGGCCCGAGAUCAUCUAAGAUGGACUGAUGAAAAGUGGAAAAGUGUUCUGUGGUCCGACGAGUCCACAUUUCAAAUUGGUUUUGGAAAUUGUGGACGUCGUGUCCUCCGGGUCAAAGAGGAAAAGAACCAUCCAGACUGUUAUGGACGCAAAGUUCAAAAACCAGCAUCUGUGAUGGUAUGGGGCUGUGUUAGUGCCAACGGCAUGGGUAACUUACACAUCUGUGAAGGCACCAUUAAUGCUGAAAGGUACAUACAGGUUUUGGAAAAACAUAUGCUGCCAUCCAAGCAACGUCUUUUUCAUGGACGCCCCUGCUUAUUUCAGCAAGACAAUGCCAAACCACAUUCUGCACGUGUUACAACAGCGUGGCUUCGUAGUAAAAGAGUGCAGGUACUAGACUAGCCUGCCUGUAGUCCAGACCUGUCUCCCAUUGAAAAUGUGUGGCGCAUUAUGAAGUGUGCAUGGGUUUUCUCCAGGCACUCUGGUUUCCUCCCAUGUCCCAAAAACAUGCACGGUAGGCUAAUUGACAACUCUAAAUUGCCCGUAGGUGUGAAUGUGAGUACAAAUGGUUGUUUGUUUAUAUGUGCCCUGCGAUUGGCUGGCAACCAGUUCAGGGUGUGCCCCGCCUCCUGCCCGAUGAUAGCUGGGAUAGGCUCCAGUGAGGAGAAGUGGCUCAGAAAAUGGAUGGAUGGAAAAUAUGACAACGGAGACCCCGGACUGUUGAACAGCUGAAGCUGUACAUCAAACAAGAAUGGGAAAGAAUUCCACCUACAAAGCUUCAACAAUUCGUGUCCUCAGUUCCCAAACGUUUAUUGAAUGUUGUUAAAAGAAAAGGUGAUGUAAAACAGUGGUAAACAUGAAUCUGUCCCAGCUUUUUUGGAACUUGCCAUAAAAUUCUCAGUCAGUUUUUGUAGUGUAUUCAAUUAAAUAUAGGUUGAAUAUUAUUUGCAAAUCAUUGUAUUCUGUUUUAUUUGUUUAACACAAUGUCCCAAGUCAUUGGAAUUGGGGUUGUAGAUUAAAUUGUUCCAUUCUAGUUCUAUGGUCCGUGCUUUUCAUUGAUUUCUUUUUCAAUCCAAUAUUUUCAAUGAUUUCAUCAUUAAAAUAGCGGAAUUUUCAUAUUUCGUGUUCAAAUGUAUAGAAAGCGCAGCCACGAGUCACGUUGUGUCAUCGCUCCCAUGAUGCUUCAAGAGACCACGCACACACCCAUUCAGGCAGGCUGUGAUUGGUCCGUGGCUUCACACACACAUACACACACUGAUGUUUCCUCAUUACAUCGGCAAUAAUAUACGUUUUAUCACACAUGUACUGCACUUACUGACGUUUAACAGACUGUCUAAUAUAUUUAAUGAAAGUGUGUGACAUAUAGUCUUUCGAACUGCACUUACUGACGUUUAAAAGACUGUCUAAUAUAUUUAAUGAAAGUGUGUGACAUAUAGUCUUUCUUAUCGACCAGAAAAGCCACUAAAGGUGCACAGUGGAGUCUGGUAUGUACGGUGCCACAACCAGCAUGUGGCAGUGUUGAGUUGAGCUUUAUCGAGCUCCAGAGUCACUUGACGUAGUCAGUGCCUCACCAAUCAUGAAUCUCACCGCACGUCACUGAUGUAAAUGAUCUCAACCAUUUUAGUCCAGAACCCCCUAGUUUUGCUUUUGUAAUAAAAACUGAACUCUUUUUUAUUAUUUUUAUUUUUAUUUUAAACUUGAUCUGAACCAUUUGUUUUUUUAUGACCUAUACCCAUUUUUAAUACAACUACAAUUUUCUAUGCUCCAUUGUACACUUACAAAUACAUUAAUAAAACCGACUCUUUAAAAAAUAGAUUGAGUUUUCUAAAUCUAUUUUCAAACUAAGUGUACUGUAUUCGAGCAUGGGCUCGUGGUUUGCAGCGACAUCUGGUGGAAGUGUACGCCGGAAGUGUCACUGGUACGUACCGUGCGUCAUCUUAAGUCACCAGGAAGUAAUCGGGGAAACAGCAGCAUCAUGGCAGAAUGUACAGACGCACAAAACAACUCCUUGAGGUCAACGUCUUGUUUUACGAAUGAUUUGGCCGAGAAGGCGCAGCAGAAUUCACAUCCUUGUGCAGAUUUCGAGGACAUGCCCGAGCUAUCAGACGGUGAUGGUGACUCCGAUGAUAACGAAGAGCAGUGGCAGUGGAUGGAGGAGGACAGUCAACAGGUUACCUGUUUAUUUUGUGACAGAUUACUAAAUUCAGUGCCUGACACCUUGCAGCACUGCACGGCUGAGCACCAAGUCAACAUUAUAGAUCUGAUUAAGAAACACAAUUUAGGUGACUACAGUUACAUAAAGCUGAUCAAUUUCAUACGCUCAACAAAAUGUGAUCCAUCACAUCUCAUCGGGCUGCCAGAUGUUUCCUUACCGUGGGAGAGUGAAGACUUCCUCCAGCCAGUUAUACAGGAUGACCCCUUAUUGCAAACAGACCCUGAGGAUCUGUGUGGUCACCAGGGGAAGGUUGCAUCAACAUGCGAGCCAUCAGAGUCCAAUCAGGCAAUGCUGCAGAGGAUUACUUUUGCUGAGGAUGCUGUGGCUCAAUCCUUUGAAAAUCUGCAUCAACUAAAGCUGCUGCUCCAAGAUUUGGUGCUGAAUCCAGAAACUGGAAGCUCCACUAACCUGUGCAGUGUGGCUGAGCUUCGCGAGGAAGAGGACGAAGCCUACUUCAGCUCAUAUGGUCAUUAUGGCAUUCACGAGGAGAUGCUCAAGGAUAAAGUGCGCACUGAGAGUUACCGUGACUUCAUGUACAAUAACCCUGAAGUGUUCAGAGACAAGGUUGUUUUAGAUGUCGGCUGUGGGACUUGCAUACUAUCGAUGUUUGCUGCCAGGGCUGGAGCCAAGAAGGUCAUAGCUGUUGACCAAUCAGAAAUUAUCUACCUGGCCAUGGAUAUAGUCAGGUCCAACAAGCUGGAGGACAAGAUCACUUUGCUCAAAGGACGCAUAGAAGACAUCAGCCUCCCCGUGGAGAAGGUGGAUAUUAUAAUCUCAGAAUGGAUGGUUGAGCCAUUAUCCUCACAUGGAGAAAACAUGGAACAGUGGUCAACCUUCCCAAGAGUGCCCGGCCUACAAAGAUUACCCCAAGACAACAGCAGUGACUCAUCCAGGAGGCCACAAAGGAAUUCAGGACAACUUUUAAAGAACUGCAGGCCUCCUUUGCCUCAGUUAAGGGUUACUUUUUGCUGUUUGAGUCCAUGUUGGACUCCGUCUUGGUGGCCAGAGACCUCUAUUUGGAUGAAGAUGGUUCAGACAAUCGACUGCAACAGAGUGCUUCAUUCAGAGCUGGAGUUUGCAGCCGACUUUUGCUUGAAGAUUACCAACACCACAGACUGCACGGCAAUUGUCGGCUACUUUGACGUUUUCUUUGACAAAGGCUGCCGUAACAAGGUGAUGUUCUCCACGGGUCCACAGGUCACAAAGACCCAUUGGAAACAGACCAUCUUCCAACUGGAGAGACCCUUUACAGUCCAGGCUGGUGAGGAGCUUCAAGGAAAAAUCACAGUGCGCAAAAAUAAAAAGGACCCUCGCUCACUGUUGGUCACCUUUGACCUCCGAGACAGGAAGCUGACCUACAGCGUGCAGUAAUGUCAUGUAACUGACAUUAUAAAAACAGUAAAUGUGUUGUUGUUAGUAUUAGUAUAAAAACUGCCCAUGUAUUAAGCCAUUUUUGGAUUGUUUUUCUUAUUCGUAAUAAAAAAAUAAUAAUAUUCUCCUUGCCGAUGUGUUUUAUGUUAUCAGUUACAGGCUGUUGAGAGCUGAAGUUUGUACCAUUCAUUUCAUUAUGCACAUGAAGUGAAAAUUUAACAACAUUUUGGAGUUGCUCCCAUUUGCAGCUAAAACAUUGUUCACUCUUCUGGGAAGACACUCUACAAGAGGCUCUGAUUCACAAAUCUUUUUUCCAACUGUGAAUGUAUUUAAGUCCAGGUUAAAAACUUCUUUUUUUCUCAUGCGUUGUAGAGCAUUUCCACUUUAAAAUAAUCUUCCUUGCAUUGUACGCUGUUUUUAUUGUUUUUGUUUUAUGUUCGUAAACAGUUCUUUUUCUUUGUUUUUAAAUGCUUUUAAUCAUGUAAAGCAUAUUGGUUUACCAUCCAUCCAUCCAUUUUCUGUAGCACUUAUCCUCACCUUGUAUAUGAAAUGCGCUAUAUAAAUAAAGUUGCUUUGCUUUGCUGCUUCUA